AAAUAAAAUUAGCAAAUUCUCAUUUAUUUAUCGCUUUAAUUGAUAUUAUUAGUCGAUAACUAAUGAUGAGGGCGCUUGAUAUAUUCUUACUACACACUCAUUAUUUAUUAAUAACAUUUGUACAUUCGCAAAAAGAAAAGUCGAUGUAUAACUCAGGUGAAUCGGCAACGCUAAGAACAUCUAGUGGACGCCUUCAGAUCUUUAUUAAUCAAUGGCUGUUCGUAUGUUCUCCAGAAUGGAAAAGUGAAGACAUUUUGGUGCUCUCCCGUUGUCUGAAUAUUGAUAAGAUCAUACACUCAACCCCUUUAUUACCGUUCAAUACUCUUGCCGUCCAAUUUUCAGGAGUGUGCAGUGGCGAUGAGAGAUGUUUAGAAACGUGUGAAGAUCACAGAUGGAGCAUCAAAAAUAUUUCGGAUAGAUGCCGCACUAUUGAAUUUAGUGAUCGAUCUACGAAGGAACAUUUAUUAUCAGUUCAACCAGAUGCAAUGAAAGAAAGCAAAUUGCUAGCUAAUUCGGUAACUGUCGUUAAGGAUGAAGUAAAAACUGAAACAUCACCUAUAGUUGAUGUUGUCAUCUUCUUAGUUUGUCUAAUAGCUUUAAUAUUAAUAAUAACAUGUUUGGUAAUCUGUAAACGAAGACAAACAAAAGGAAGACGGAUUUAUAGCACGUUUCCAACGUCUUUGUCGAGGUUUACCAGGAAUAAGAAAUUAGGUCAAACGGUAGUUCCACCUAUUUUGACGGAGAAACCCUUGAACUUAGCCAUCGAUAAAGACAUUAUCAUUAAAGAGGAAAAUUAUGUGGCGGAACCAGAGCGCUUGGACGGCGAUUUUCGACAGGCUAUCUAUUACGAGAUGGCCAUAGAAUUAGACCGAAUGGUGAGAGAUAGAGUUGCCAGAGCGUUACCCCCACCAAAUUCAAAACCCAGAAUUUAUGCAAUUGCAGCACCUCCAGCUAACAUUAAUGAUAGUGCAUUUGUUUCCCCCGAAUCCGAGUGUAAUGAUUUGUCAAGAAACGAUAGACAAGUUUCCUUUACCGCAAAAGAAUCCAAACAAAUUACUCGCUCUCUAUCGGAUCAUGAAUUUAAACGUAAUUUCAAUAUGGAAGUGGGUAUACCCAAAGAAUUUAUUUGCCCUAUAAGUGGCCGUUUGAUGAAGAAGCCAGUAGUUGGAGCUGACGGUCUUACAUACGAUAAGAAAUAUCUCGUAAAUUGUUUAAAGAAAGCCGGCGAAAGUACAGAAGAGUACGGAUUCAAGCCGGAUAAUGUUCUACGAGCUCGAAUUAGGGAGUGGAUGAAAAAGGAGAGAGGAGGAACGACCAUGGCCAAUGAUAAAAGAGGAGAGACGAUAUAAUAAUUAGCCUGUCAACAACAGUGGUUCCCAAAAUAUUUAUCAAACAAAAUCGCCUUGGCGACAUCUGACUUAUAUUUGUAAUGCUGUCUGUAUAUAUAUAUAUAUAUACAGUAUAUGAUCGA